AUGUCAGGGAAAGCUGAACAUCUGAUGAGAGGGGAAAGACAGAGUGGGAGGGAAAGGUCGAGUGAGGAGACCACCUGCGAUGGAGGACAGACCGUUGACCAGGACCCUCAACACGGCGAUCCGUCGGUCGCGAUUUCAUUUGUGUACUGCCUGGAAGUAAAACAGCUAGUUGUAGUACCUAGUCCUACUACAGAGUCAUUUUCAGGCUGCCUCUGCCUAUUUUGCACGGAGCCUUUCCGUAGUGCCGUGAGCAUAAACAGGGAACCAGUCGUCCAUGACAAGAUCACAGACCUGCCAGAUUGA